UGUAAAACGUCCAUCUAUACUUUUGUAUAGCAUACAUCCUAUCGCCAUUCCUACUGCUAUUGUCAUACUUGUAUACUUGUCUAUGUGUACUUCCCUGUGUCACACCCUCGUGUAUCGUGGUUUUGUUUUUCCAUUUCCAAGUUAAUAAUCAGCGACUUAUUGAAAUUCAUCUUGAAUUAAUUUCUGUUUUUGUUAUAUUUACAUUCUGACUGUCAAAAUAAACCAAAAUUUAAUCGCCAAGUGCUUUUCAUUUUUCAAAUUACUCUGAAUAACUACCAUGUCUGACACGUCUGAAAAACUCCAGGAACAAGAAGUGAUGAAUUUGGUAAUUUAUUGUCAGCUGCCUUAGAUUAUUAAAUUCAAUCUCAUCCAUUAUGAAUCAUUUUGUUACAGGAUUUUACCGAAGUUGCACAAUCUCUGCAUGAACCAAAUAGCAGUCAAGUUACAAAUAAUAUAGGUAAUAUGCCAAUAAUUUUGUAUUUUGAUGUCCAAAAUUAUUUUUAAUAUAUUUUACCCCAUAUUUUUUUAUAGUAUUGAUAUUAUCAUAGGACAUUGGUAGAUACAUAAUGGUUUGGAACAAAUCUAGUUAUCACCCCCUUCAAAUUUUGUAUUUUCUUUUCCAGAACCUAUGUAUUUCAAUGUUUUAAAAAUAAUGAUUGAAACUUUUUUUUAUAGAAAUCAUUAGUUUUGAAGUUUGAAUAUUAUGUGUAUUAUGUUAAUGCUUAAAAAUUCUUACUGGGCAAACAUAUAUACAUGUCUAGGCCACUUCAAUUUUUACCAUUUCUUGAUACUAUAUUGAUAGUUGUAUUCUUAAUUACAAUUUUUGUUUAGAGAAGUAUAAACACAUACACAUGGACAAUACAUUUAUAGAAACUUUUGUCACCGAAUUAAUAUCCCUUCUAUACAUAUUUUUUUUUAAAGGAAAAUAUUUCUACCGAAACACUUACUAAAAGAUAUUAUUGUAUAAUUUCAAUGGUCAGAAUACAGGAUUUUCAAAUGGAAUGAGAAAGGCUCAGCUAAAACAAAUGUCUUGCAAAAUACAUAGUUUUUAUUAAAAAAAAUUUUUUUUUUUUAAACCGCCCGAAAGAUUUUAUUGCAACGAUCAAAAUAAAUCUAUAACAAUACAUUAUCAAAGGUGUACAUAAAUACUUGUGAUGUAUUUAUACACAAAAUAAAAUAAACGUCUGGAAUCUCACUCCCAGUGGAGUGGCCCCGAUCCUAGUCUAAGAGUCUUUUACUAAGUCAUAUGGUCUUCGACGUUUGAGACGCCUUAUGUCUAUAGAGUUUUCUAGUAGUUGAAUUGAUGCUGGAUUGGUAUAUUGAUCCAGUCUUUCCUCAUGUUUGUGGGCAAACUUGGUGAUCUUGUUCUGGACAAAGUUUAUCAUCAUAUCUUGAUGGAUAAUGUUGUUCCGGUCAUACCGGUAAGCUGCGACAAUAGUACGGAGAGCGAUUUUCUGGCAACAUUGUAUAAUCUGAAUAAUGGACUUGCUGGCACAACCCCAUAGUUGAAUUCCAUAAGACCAUAUUGGUUUAAUUAUCAUUACGUACAAAAGGCGUUCACUUCUGAGGUCUAGUUCGAAAUUUUUUCUGACAAGCCAAUAUAGUUGUCGCAUUUUCUUCUUAAUUUGCAGUUUUUUCUGUCUAACGUGGUGCUUCUAGGUGAGCCGAGAAUCCAGAUACAUACCUAGAUAUUUUGCUGAGUAACUCUAUGGGAUGCUCUACUGAUAUAGUAAUAUUGGUUUAUAGAUGGUUUUACGCCAUGUAAUUUAUGUGUACCGAUUAUCCCUGUUAAUUUUAAUCUUCCAAUGUUUCGUCUAGUUGGAAACAUUGUUGGUGGACCUUUAAAGUAAAUCAGUCACAGUCUGCUGGUCUUUAUUUGUUGUCAUUAUUGCUGUGUCAUUAGUAAACAUGGCUAUCUUUAUUACAAUAAUUAUAUUUAGUUGAAUAAAUAGUGUAAUUGUGUAAUGAUUAUUUGAUUAGUAACUAGUAGAAUUACUCAGUAUUUCUCAAGCUCACCUUUAUCCUUAACAUAGUAAGUAUUUAUUUCUCAGUAAUUUAUCUUUUAAAAAGGAUUGUUCCUUGAUUAUGACAACCAAAUUAAAUAAUAGUAACUAGUUUUUUCAUGCUUGUCUUCAAGGUAAGCCAUAAAUCAACAAAAAAAGUUCAAUAUUUUCAUUCCAAAAAUACCAAUAACUAGAUAAAAAUAUAGAAAAUUAAUCAAAAAAUAAAGAGGGUCAGCCACUCUUUAGUGGUUAAACUUUUGAGAUAAAAUGUAGACAGUGACCCAUCAUCUUGUUUUGAACAUCAUGUGUGAAAAGUUUCAUCCAGAUUGGAAUAAAAUUGUAAAUUUGUAUAAAAAGCGAACAAAUCAAAUUUGAUUUUAUAUAUACAUAAUGUAUUUAAAUUAUCUCUGUAUGUGUUAUAUAUAGAGAUAAUUUUUCAAUGCUGAAUAGUUUAUAUUAUUUUAUGUUUUUAUAUUAAACAUGUUUAAUGGACUAUGGGGUAAAUAAACAUUUCGUUCCUGUCAACAAAUUCAGUUUUAGACAUCUUGUCCACGGUAAGGUCCACCUCAUCUAACUUAAAUCAACAUUAAACAAGUUUAAACAUAAAAUUAGAAAUAAAUAUUAUUUUGUUCAAUUUUAAUGAUAGAUAAUUUACAACUUCAUGAGUGUAAAUGUGUUCAUAAUUAUAAACAAAUAAAAAGACUGAUAUACUUGACACAAUGGGUGGACCACUGCUGUAGAUGAAAAGUUUGGUAGGUAGAAUAUAGAGGAGAGUUUAAUAUAUAUCUGUAAGCAAAGAUAAAUAACUGAUAACGAAAAAAAAUUCUGAGUAGAGCUCUGUUAAUAGUAUUAAUUUUUCAACAAUAUAUAUGUAAUAUUAUAAUAGAAUAAAUAUAUAUUGAAAGAGUUUAAUGUAAACUCAUUUAUUUUUACUACAAAGUACAACUUCUAAUAAACUUAAUAUUCAAUUUUUAAUAAUUUCUGUUUAAUCAAACAAUUUUACCUCAGAGUACUUACCUAAUAAAAGUUAUAUAAAUUACGAAAAAAUAAGACUUGAGAUAUUGUAGGUAUUUUUCAAGAUAUUUUAUUUUAGGAGAUUAUUUUUUUAAUUUCCAAGAGGUUUUCAAAAUAUCUGAGAAAAUGUAUAUAUCUAAAAAAAAAAUGAGAAAUUUAAAUAAAUAAUGCUUUUUAUUAUUUGUUUCAAUUCAGUUAAAAAAAAUUGUAGAGAAUUGAAAUUUAGGCAGAAAACUUAUAUUUGCCUAUUUUUACAUGGUAAAAAUGCAAAAACAUUUAAGCCAUAUAUUAAAGCUAUUUAUAGACACUUAAUUUUGUGAGUAAUUUUUAUUCUGUAGGUACUCUGUGGAUAAAAUUGUUAGGCCAAACUGAAAUGCUUGAAAAUUGAAUAAGAGGUUAUAAUUAUAAUUAAUUAUAAGUCCUACUUUGCAGUCAAGACAAACAAAUUUAAUUUAAUAUAGUAUAUUUUUUUCUAAGAAUUUUAAUAUUAAAUUUUGACAAAAAUUGUUUUAGUAAAAAAUGAUGUGGAACAAAUCUAGUUACUACAGGUUCAUACAUAUUGUUUCAAUAUAAUAUGACAUAUAUAUUUUUGAAAAAGCAAUAGGUACUAUUAAUCGAACUCCGCUCAGAAUCGUUUUUCAUUAGCAAUGAUUAAUUUUUGCUUACAAAUAUAUAUUAAAUUUCUUUCUAUAUCCUAUCUUCCCAAGUUCAUAUCUACAACAAUGGUACACUCAUAAAGCUAAUUAUGUUGCUAACCUACCUUUUUUCUUAUCAAUCAUUAAUAUUGAUUUAAAUUAUUCCCCGUGCUUCUCCAGUUUAAAUAUUAAAUUGUUAUAGUUCAUAAAUAGUAUCUCUGAUAAUAGUAUUAUCUUCAACAAAUUUUAGAAAUGUUUUAAUCUAAAUUAUUUAAAAGAGAGGAGGGAAGGUUACCAUUUGAAAAUUUAAAAAUUUAAAGUUAGUAUACAUAUGUACAAUACAAAUACUAAAGACCACCAUUCCUAAAUCAGAGGCAAUAGUAAUAAUAUUUAAGGCUGUGAAUUUAAUGCAAUGAAAACCCUUAAAAAUGCAUUUAAUUUGGUUUAUAAUUAAAUUUUUAUAUUUAUUUUGAAAAUUGAACAGGAGGUUAAUUAUAAGUUGGACUUUGCGAUCAAAACCAAACAAUUUAGCUUAAUAUAAAUUUUCUUCAUAAGAAUUUUAAUAUCAAAUUUUGAUAAAAAUUGUAAACAAAUCUAGUUACUGGUCCAUACAAAUUGUCUACUCAUUCGUAUGGACUGUUUUAAUCGAAAAUACACAUUAUAUCGGAACUUUAAAUGGCUAUUACUUCAAAAGUUAUGAUUUUCCCCAAAACUUUUGCUCAAUUAUUUUUAAACUAUUAAAAUACAUAGGUUUCAAAAAAAAUUUUGAUAAAGGUGCUAAACUAGUUUUAUGCCAAUAGUUAAUACCAGCCAUACUCAACCUUUAUUUUUUACUUAGACCAUAUAGGUGGCUUCUUAUUUUUCUUAAGAUAUGCAAGACACAACAUAUUGAUUAAAGUGACUAAAGAGAAAUAAAAAAACCUACCUAGCCCAACAUAUGAUAUUCAUCAUUGUAGAUAAUAUAUUUUAUUUGAGGAUUCAUCCAAGCUUUAUAUAGAAUAGAACCUACUUUCAUUUGUCAUAUUUUAAGAAUUAAUGGGAGUAAUAUGAUGAUGAUGAUGAUAAUAAUAAUAAUGGCAGCUAAAAAUUAUUUUGUAUCGUUUUUGAAAAUAGUAACAUUAGUUUUUAUUUUAUGUGUUGCAGAACCAGAAGACCAUAGCCAGACAAGCUGUACAGCAAAACGAUACAAACUUGACAAAAAUAUUGAAGCAUCAACCUCAAUUGUUACACUUCAUUCAAUACAUACCAGUGGAACCAAAGAAUCUAAUGACAUAGAUAGUGAAGAAGAGACCAUAGAACAAAUUGAUAAUGGUAUUUCUGAACCUCUCCAUGAUACUGCAAUUUUAAUAAUGUCUGUCGUGUUAAAAGAUAUUGAUCAUGCUUUAUAUAAUUUUAUUCUUUCUGAUAAAAGAGCACUGAAAUAUAUAUUAAGUGGUAAAGUACUGAAUCUUGAAACUGAAAUGACUGAUUAUCAAAAAGAUAAUCCUUAUGAUCUAAAAGAAAUUGAUGAAAUUGUUGAUCAUGUAAUUAUUUUUGGUGUACGUUUUUAUUUAGUAAAAUGGAAAAAUUGGUCUAAAGGUUUUUGUACAUGGGAAUGUUUUAAUGAUAUAUGUAAUUCACAACAUCUUUUGGGUGAUAAUGUAAAAGAUAAAACAAAUGAUUCAAAACAAUUAAGAAAAAUAGAUGGAAUGCAUAUAAUAUUAUCCAGAAGAUUUGUUUCAAAGAUGUUUAAUUUAUUUAGAACUGAAGAUGGUCUAGCUUUGCCAACAAUUUCUAUUGAAGAUCUAUCUGGUUUAUUCGAUAACAUCAAUAUUGGUUGUGAAAUGAGACAAAUGGCAUUUAAACGAAACUUGGAUUCAUACUUGGGUGUAAUUUCAUUGAAUUGUUUCCAGUAUAUUCAAUCAAAUGAACUUAAACAGUGGGAGAUCACUAUAAAUGUAUUAUCAAAUAGUUAUAAUAUCAAAGUAGAAAAUAAUAUGGAUCUUGAAGGACCUCCUGAUACCAUUGUAUAUGCCACUAAAUAUAUUUAUGGAAAAAAUGUCAACAUAUCAAAUGAUCUGGUUAUUGGUUGUGAGUGUACAGAUAACUGUAAAAAUAGCACAAAAUGUUGUAAUGAGCGAGUUGGUUAUUCCAGACUUUAUGAUUCAAAUAAAUGUAUUAUUGUGGACCCUGGUUAUCCUAUUUUUGAAUGCAAUAAGAAUUGCAAAUGUAAUACUGACUGUUAUAAUAGAGUUGUACAGUUAGGUAGUACUGUACGUAUUUCUAUUUAUAAGACAGAAAAAUGUGGUUGGGGUGUCAAGGCUUCCGAAUACAUUGAAAAAGGAAGGUUUAUUGCAUUAUACACAGGGAAAAUAAUUACAAUAGAAGAAUCUAAAACUAGAUUAAAAGAAAAUGCUUCUCUUUCAGAAUACAUGUGGAACUUAGACUUUGAUGAUAAACAUAAUUAUGAAUAUAUUAUUGAUGGGUCAAAGUAUGCCAACUUCACACGUUUUAUUAAUCAUUCAUGCAACUCUAAUUUAAAUGUUUAUACAGUACGGAUAAAUUGUUUGGAUAAAACUUUACCAGAAUUGGCUCUAUUUGCAAGCAAAAAUAUUUUGACUGGUGAACAGCUAACUGUGAAUUAUUUUUUUGGGAGCAAUAAAAAUAAAAUUGGGAAAAAAACUGGCAUUAGAUGUCUAUGUAAUGAGAAGAAUUGUCAAGGCUACUAUUUUUAAUAUUUCAAUUAUAUUUAUCAUUUAAUACCUAUUCAUAUUUUAGAUUCUGAGCAGAAGGAGG